ACGAAAGCGCGCUCGUGUUGAAGUUCGUUGAGUUCUUCGAACCGAACUCCCACAAAGGGCAGACGUGUUCGCAUCCUUGGCCGUAUGCGACAUGCCUGGGUCCUCUCCACAAUCCGACGUUGAGUGGGCGAAGCAGGAGCUAUCGGGCGCCGCGAGCUCGUUGCUCCUUGUUCAAGAACGACUGACGCAGGCUGUGCGGACACUUGAACAGGAGAACGAUAGUCUACGUGCGCAGCUCGCGGAUAGGUCUUGGACGUCGCGUCGCGUUUCGGUCCUGAUCGAGGAGAAUGAGCGACUGGUGCAGCAGCUGGGGACUGCGAUUGCGGCAAAAGCUGUGAUGGAACAGGAGAGGGACGAUGCCUUGUCGAAAUUGGCUAAUACUCGCAAGGUUAUACGGGAUCUUCUCGGUGAGCAAAAGCAGGGAGGUGCCACACGGGAAGACCCCCUUGAGGACUGGGAACAUGUAUCUGCGAAUAAGCCUGACAGUCCCUUGGGUCACACUUUAUCUCGUCCUCUGUCUUUCUCCGCUUUAUCAUCCACGUCCCAACCACCCAACAGCGACGCGACGAUACGCUUCCCAGGCCUUGGUCAUCGUCAUUCAUCCACAAAUCUUAACACGAGCGCCAGGCCUUCAUCAACGCUUCAUGCCGUGCCGGAGGGAGAUACCCCUUCACCUUUAGGCGAACCCUUCCAGCUUCGAAUGCCUUCUGCUCCACCAACAUCCAGGGGCACCAGGAGACGAGUGCUCAGCGCAGAUGGUAGGCCACAUCUGCAUCGGCCAUCGCCGACUACGUCGCCUGGGACCAUAGGCAGUACGCGUCGUCAUCUUACAGCAGGUGGGGUGGCGAGCGUGGAGGCCAGUCCCGGUAGUGAGGCCGGGUGGUCAGUCCAUUUUGACGCGGAUUCAGCUGCUGCGAUAAUGAGGUGGAGGAUACAUUUCGGGAAACCACCCGUUUCGGCAAAGACUGUGGUUGGACCGUUGAGUUUUGAAGAUGUGGUUAAUCGGUUGGAACUUGAUGAAACUACGGUGUCUAUCUUGGAUAGCCUAGCUAAUGCCGCCAACGAUAAUAUACGACUACACGUCACACAGAACAUAGCAUUUAUCUUCGAUCCCAUUGUCCUCGAAACGACUAAUUCUCGGUACAUCGUCAACUGGAGCCCGCCCAAGGUCAACGACCGUAUGCUAGACUAUAUUUCAGAAACGAGCAAAUCGCGGCCAUUGUACACCUUCAUAUCAUCCUCGAAGAAGAAGGGAUGGUUCUACAUCGGGCUAUACGACUGGCGGGACGCGAGCGCGACGGUCUCAUCUGUCUGGCCUGCACUAUCACCCAAGGCCCAACGAGCUGUGGCAGCUUGUUGCAACACUGGUCCAUCAUCGCCUUCCGGCAUGGACUUCUCUCGCCUUCUCGAACGAGGGGAGUUGGCGCAGUGCGCUAUCGAGCUUACAGACGUGCUGGAAGGGCAGCAGGCUGAUUUGUCCGAGAAGAUGGCGGCGAUUCUGAGACGGUGAGGAGCAGCGCUGGUCGUUGUGCUAUUCCCAGUACAGAUGUUCUCCGAAGAUUCCUUCUGCUCCAUCUACGCACUCUUACAUUAUUCUUGGUUUCAAUGCUCCCCAAUGGCAGUCUUGUGAUUGCUUUUCACCCCUG